CAUGGUUGAUUGGGUGGGAUAUACGGUCAAUGAGGUCUUAGUGUAUUAACGUCCCUACCCACAAUGCAUAAUUCGGUUCGGGUGGGGAUUAAUAGUCAAUGGGCGUGGCGUAUUAGAUUAUCAAUCAAGCACAUUCAGCACGACUGAGCAUGCGUAUGAUUUUUUUGCGCACCUGGAAAUUUCCGACACUCCCAUUUAUAUCCUAUAAUAAAAUCAUCCUAUAAUAAAAUCAAACUUCAUUUUAGAACUAGUUUCGGUCGUGUUUGCAUGAUGUUUAAAGUCGGAAGUAGUAUACAAGGUGUUGAUAGUACUUGUGGUGUGUGGUUAAGGGGAAGAGUUAAGAAGACCAGGGAAGGGGAAGCACUUAUCCAAUGGGUAGGGUACCCUUCAACGGAGUGGGUGACAGCCGAUAAUUUGAGAGCCCCACAACUGCGUCGAUUGACGAAAGUAAAUGAAACAGUGCGCCGAUUGCAAAAAGGAGACUCCUUCAGGAAGUCAUUUCCUGAUGGAGGGAUUUCCCCUUUGCUGACAGUUCAAACCAACGACCCUUUCUUAUGUCAGAUAACUUCAAGCAUUGGGUUGACGGUGAGGCUGCACAUUUACAGCAAGCUGCAGAGGUUGAAACUAAUGUGGGUGUUCCUACCACCACCGCUUCAACCACCAAUCAAAGAAAGAAGAAAAAAACUGUUUCUGUGA